AUAAUAAAAUAAAAUAAGACAGAAAAUGAAAGAUUGGAAAGUGUUUUUCUUCUUCACUGCAAAUUUGGACAUUGGAGGAUGAAAAAGCAGUACAAGUAGUGCAACUGCAAACCACACAGUGAUUCUUCAAUCAUGGCAGCCACUAACAAUGGUGGUGGAGGAGGAGGAGGAGGAGAAGACCACGACUUGAAUCGAUUGGCUGAGAUCAGCAAAACCCUAAAGCAAGGAGAGAGACUUCUCGCGCCAACUCGGAGACCCGAUGGCACUCUUCGCAAACCCAUUCGGAUUAGGGCUGGCUAUGUCCCUCAAGAUGAAGUCGCCAUUUACCAAUCCAAAGGCUCUUUGUUGAAAAAGGAGAUGUCUUCACAUGAGGGACCUCCUGGUUAUGAUCCACCCGCCGCGGCUGCAGCCACGGCCACGGCCACGGCCACAGCCGCCGAUACGAAACCUAAGACUAAGUCUGUAAAGAGGAACGAGAGAAAGAAGGAGAAGCGGAUACAGGCUGCUCUUGAAAAAGAGAAGAGCUCGGAACAGAGUGAAGUUGAGGAAACUAACAAGGAAGAAUUAGUACCGCUUAAAAAUGUUGGCCGUGGUUCGGAAUCUGUCAAGUCAUUGACAUCUCAAAUGAAUGAGCUAGAUGUUUCCGCAAAUCCUUCAGCGGUUUCUCCUCCUUCAGACUCAGUAGAGGACUCAAAUUCAGGAGAUCCCAUCCAAGAUAUUGAUAAAAGAAUUCGAGCUCUUAAAAAGAAGAUUCGACUUACUGAAGCUCAAAAACAGAAAAUCGCAGAGCAGGACAUGAAGCCUGAACAGUUAGACAAGUUUUCAAAGCUUGAAGGUUGGUGUCAAGAACUAAAGCUUUUAGAGGAUAGAAAAGCUGAACUUACUGCAUCUUGAAUUAGGUUUUGUGUUAGAUAAAGCUUGAAAUAACCAUGUAGUUUUUCUUUUUUAUCUCCUUUUUAGAUUAUGUCUUUGUUUUUGUGAAAAUGAGAAAAAAAAAAGAAGAAGUUAUUUUUUCUUUUGUGAAAAAGAAAGUUUAUGUAUUCAUGUUUCAUUUCAAUUAAUGUGAUACAUUUUCAUGACUUGGGGGCCAUUUCCAAUAUAAGACCAGUUUCCCUA